UGACCUGCUGGUGGGGAGGGGUGAAGGGAGGGGAGGGCCCCCUCUGGGUCUGCGCCCCGCCCCUGGCGCGCCUGCCGCCUUGCUUGGGCUGAGCCUCAUCCUGCCGACCUUGAUUGUGCACUGCUGCUGCCUCCUCCGUGGCCAUGGGGACCCUGGAGACCCUUUUCCUGCUCAGCGCCCUGCUCCUGGCACCCGUGGAGGCUCAGGAGGCCACACAGCAUCGCCUGAAGCCGUGGCUGGUGGGCCUGGCCGCCGUGGUCGUGUUCCUGUUCAUCGUCUUCGUCCUCAUGCUGGCCAACCGCGUCUGGUGCUCCAAAGAGAGAGAUGGGGAUGAGGAGGAGACCAGGUUCAGAAUGGAGGUGAACCCGUACCGGGACAUGAGUGAAGAAGGCAAGAGGAAGAAGAAGGAGGAGGAAGAGGGCGAGGAGGAGAAGGCUAAGAAGAAAGGAGAGAGGAACUUGGGGCUGGAGCUGGAGGAGAAAGAGGGCCCCAGAGAUGACCAGAAAGUCAAGAACACAGCCAUGUGAAGACGCACCACACACUUCUUCCAGGCAGCCCCCCAGAGUUUCCCCUUCCACACCAUGUAAGGAAUGGCCUGGACAUGAAGCCACCACAAUAUUCCACCUAGAGUUGAGAACGCCACCCCCCGAAUGAAGACCGUGGAACUCGCCCUGCCCCUGGGUGGGGGGGGGGGGGGAGAGGGUUCUCCAGCACUGCGUGCACGGGCUUUACCGGCCCUCCUUCCUGAGCUGUCUGCCUGGUGAUUCUUGGACUUGGAGUGCAUUCUUGGUUUCGAGAACCCCUGAGACCCCCCACCAUCUCAUGGCUCCACCCACUCCUACUUCCCACUGCCUGAUUUCUUUUCUGUCUCCCUGAAAUCUGUGGUCUAGAACAUCCCCGGUCCCUGUCAGCCCCAGGACCAGCGUGGGGCCAGGGCUGCCUUUGGGGACCUGCAUUAAAGAAUUGAUAAGAGCCCUUCA